AUGAGAAUCAGACUCAAUGAGUAUGAGCGGCAGCAGCAGCAGCCGCCAACGGUGCAACCACAAGUCCAGCCUGCAGACGAUCUGCUUUCCCCCACUCACGUCGCCUUAUCCCCUGCUUCGAAUGACAAUGACAUCCAUUCCGAUACCAUGCAGGGCGAAGACUCGUUAUCCAAUCAUAUGGAGCCCGUAGAAAGGGCGCGCUACUCUGAAACACCCGCUUUGGAUCAUCCUGGAGUCCCCAAUCCCCUAGUGCCCGUACAGCCAGCCUACAUCCACGACAACGCUGGCAGCUUGAGAUACCUAGGACAUUCAUCGACAUGGUCCUUCAGUCGCCAGGUCCUACACAUGGCCCAUCAGAGUCCACAUUCCAGCCAUUCCUUCGAACCAUCGAUGCAUGUUGAAGGUGAGGUCUACCGGGUUGACGCAGGGAACUCACCUACCUUUUCAUCUGCAGACACUGCCGGCAUCCCUUCGGCGGAUAUCGCCCUGUAUCAUCUUCAAAACGUAAAGUUCAGGACUCGUCCUCUAUAUCACCUCUUCGAUGAGGCCGACUUCACCUUCAAUCUGCACCAUUUCUAUGAGAGUCCCCUUGCUUUUGCCCAGGCACGUCCGCUCUGGUACAUACAUUAUCUACUAAUCAUGGCUUUCGGAAAAGCAUUUAUUGCACAACCGCAAGCGGCGAACGGCCUGGCUGGCUUAACUUUGUUCGAACGGGCCUUGCGACUGCUCCCUGACGUCACCUACCUUGUUCGUGAUCGGGUAGAAUCAACCGAGAUACUCUGUUGUAUUGCACUAUACCUCGAGUCCAUCGACCAUAGGAGUGCGGCUCACGUAUAUAUCGGACAAGCUGUACGACUGGCCCAGUCCCACGGUCUCCAUACCAACAUGCAAGCCAGUGCCGUUGGCAACCACCUCGUGCAUCGAGGUCGCCGCAUCUGGUGGACUGUAUACGCCCUUGAUCGGAAGUUGUCGUGUUCCAUGGGAAUUCCUAUUUCCAUUCGUGACGAAGAUAUCACAACUCCACUCUCACUGGCGGAUGACACAGAUUUCAUUGCGAACGGACUGGCAAUUCACGUGAGGAUAUGCCAGCUUCUGGGUAACGUCAUUAGCACGGUAUAUAGCAACGAUGGCAAGCUCAACCAGACCUGCAUUACAAGCGCUCAGACCGUACUGAGAGGCGUCGCUGGUCUUGCCAAUGAACUGGCUGUGUUCUCAAGACGCUGCUUUGGAGAUGUUUCCCGAGUCGCAGCACGUCUUGACCUGGGGUAUCACCAAUGCAUAAUCCUCGCAUCACGGCCCUUUUUGUAUUACCUCCUCAAGCAACGGCUCGAAAGUUCGAGUCUCUCUCGUCCUUUUCCAUUAUCAUCCACGACCAAGGGCUUGGUCCAGGUUUGUAUCGACUCUGCCGUGCAGACAAUCGCAAUUCUCUCCCGAUUGAGGGAACACGACCUGUUAGAUACAUUCCUGCCGUUCGACCUAGAGAGCGCCUUCUCUGCAGCGUUCGUACUGCUAAUGGCUUCGAGCGUCCAUCCCAAGCUUCUACCACAGCAUAACUGGCUCAAUACCGUCAUGGAAGUCUUCGAUUCCAUAGUACUGAAGGGAAACAUGUUGGCCAGCUUGCGGAAGGCGGAAGUGGAGGAACUAGCGCAGAUCUUGCGUGCAUUGGACCGCGGACGCCCCAGCCUUGCCGACAAAUCUGCUUCCAGUAUCGUUAUGCCAGCUGACGCACAGCUCUCGUGGACCCCAGCCUCAGGUAAUAUGAGCUUGCCGAGUCUAGGCGAUCCGUUCUUUGAUGAAUGGAACGCCGAUGACGGCUUCUCAGGAGCGCAAAUCAUGGAUUUAGCAAACGCCCUUGAUAUAGGAGUGCUUGAUAAUAUUUAA